UAUUAGGAGCCGACAAGAGCUGGAGGAGGACGAAGAAACGGUUAUGGCCCAGUUCGUAGAUGGACUGCAGGAUGAGAUCGGCCGCAAAGCUGAGAGCCAUCCGUACCGAGACCUUCAGGAUCUCGUGCACCUAGCCGUGCAAAUCGAACAACAAGAGAGACGUAAGUCUUCUAGGGUAGGAAAACCCCAGGCUUAUGCGCCAGGAACCUCUAGUACUCCAUCUAAGCCGAUACCUUUUAGGAGAGAGGUCCCCGAGAGCCGAACCAUACCCAGUUACCGGGACAAAGGAAAGAGUCCGGAAACUUCUAACCCAAAACCCCAACCCGAACUUACCAAAGACACUCGGACACGCGAAAUCAUUUGCUAUAAGUGUCACGGGCGAGGCCAUAUGGCCAAGGACUGUCCGAAUUCCCGUGUAAUGAUCAUUACAGACAAAGGGGAAUAUGAGUCCUUAGACGAGGACGAGGCUGCCGAUUCCGACGCGGAGAUCGAGUACCCGGACAGCGGCGAGUUACUUGUCACUCGACGAGUACUUAGCACGUUAGUAACUCCGGACGAAACAGCCCAGCGAGAGACCAUCUUCCACACCCGUUGUACUAUACACGGAAAAGUUUGUGGGAUGAUCGUCGAUAGUGGGUCGUGCACGAAUGUAGCGAGCGCGUACAUGGUAAAGAAGUUAGACCUACCCACUGAGAAACAUCCGCAUCCAUAUAAGCUGCAAUGACUUAAUAACAGCGGAGAGAUUAAAGUGACCGAAAGGGUCAAAAUCCCGUUCAGUAUAGGAAAAUACCGAGACGAGGUUCUCUGUGACAUCGUCCCUAUGCAAGCCGGCCAUAUUCUUUUAGGACGGCCUUGGCAAUUUGAUCGGAAAGUGAAACAUGAUGGUCGAGCCAAUCAGUACUCUUUCGUACAUGACAAGCGAAAAAUUGUGCUCGCACCUCUAAGUCCAUCUCAAGUUCACGAGAUGCAACUCAAACUAGCCAAAGAACCCGAACCAAAGAAAGGGAACUUUUAUGUUAAAGCUAGUCAGGUGAUGCGUGUUGUUCGCCAAGAACAGCCGGUGUUGCUCUUGGUUUUCAAGGACCAAUUGAGCCUCCGUACGGAGGCACCGACCCUUAGUCCCGCUAUUAGCCGGCUCCUGGAGCGCUAUAGCGAUGUAUUUCCGGAUGAAAUUCCGGCGGGACUAUCACCUAUACGCGGGAUCGAACAUCAGAUCGAUCUAGUGCCAGGAGCACCUUUGCCAAACCGACCCGCGUACCGGAUGAACCCCGAAGAGACUAAAUAGCUCGAAAAAUAAGUCCAAGAGCUACUAAGUAAGGGUUAUAUCCGAGAGAGCCUUAGUCCCUGUGCAGUCCCUGUACUACUGGUACCGAAAAAGGACGGGACUUGGAGAAUGUGUGUGGAUUGCCGUGCGAUCAACAACAUCACGGUUAAAUACUGGCAUCCCAUACCCCGACUUGAUGACAUGCUCGAUGAGCUAAGCGGAGCCACGAUCUUUUCGAAGAUCGACCUUAAGAGUGGCUACCAUCAAGUUAGGAUGAAAGAAGGCGAUGAAUGGAAAACCGUCUUCAAGACAAAACAAGGUCUUUAUGAGUGGCUCGUUAUGCCAUUCGGGCUCACGAACGCCCCAAGCACUUUCAUGCGGCUCAUGAACCAGGUUCUAAGAGCCUAUAUUGGAAAGUUCGUGGUGGUCUACUUCGACGACAUUCUCAUCUAUAGUCGAGGUGAAAGAGACCAUAUCUUGCACUUAGAGCAAGUAAUGACCACUCUCCGAAAGGAAAGUCUCUACGCCAACUUUAAGAAAUGCUCGUUCUGCACAGACGAGUUAGUCUUUCUAGGCUUUGUGGUCAGCUCUCAAGGGCUGCGAGUUGACGGUGAAAAGAUCAAGGCCAUUCAGAGUGGCCGACACCAUCUACUAUCGGACAUGUGCGGAGCUUUCUCGGCCUUGCUAGUUUCUAUCGCCGAUUUGUCCGAGAUUUCAGCAGUAUUACUGCACCCCUUACCGCGGUCACUAUGAAAGACGUGGUCUUUGAAUGGGGCAAGGCUCAAGAGCGUGCUUUUUCCGCUCUCAAAGAUAGCCUCACUACCGCACCGGUCUUAGUUCUUCCGAACUUUGACAAAACUUUUGAGAUAGAGUGCGAUGCCUCCGGGAUUGGCAUUGGAGCCGUCCUUAUG